AUGAUGACGAAUUUUGCUGAUCAGUUUCAAACAUCCUCAUCUCCUGUUGAACGUUUGACAAUUCUCGUGUUUAUAGCUGCUAUUGUUAUUGGUAAUGUUUGUGUAUUUGUCACGUACUUCAUUCGUACGAAAGGCACGCAUUGGACACAGAUCUUCAUAUUAGCGAUGUCAUUCAUUGAUCUCUUUAUCGGCUCAUUUGUUUUACCUAUGCGUUUCAUGUCUGCUUAUUCUGGUCAAUCUAUGACUUCUCAUCUAUGCAUUGCACUUGUCAUUGGCGAAAACUGUGCGAUGGCAGCUGUUCUCUAUGCCAUUGGUCUUUUGAAUUGUGUGAGAAUUUAUGAGAUAUUUGGUCGAACAUCAUCCACUAUAACUAAACGUUCAUUGAUCGUUAUUAUUAUCCUUUUAUCAUGGAUCAUUUUUUUCUUAUUCUAUGGUAUUCCUUACAUGACUAAUUAUUCUAACUAUCUUCGAACAACAUCGAGUAAUAAUAUCACUCAUUAUUGCGUAUCGUACAUGACAAGCAUCUAUCAUCCAAAAUGGAUGGAAAUUAUUGAAGUAAUUGUUAUCUUCGGCAUACCGAUACUACUUACUCUUACAAGUAUUGCCUACUUAACACGAUUAUUAUGUAAACCACGACCAAAAUUUCAGAAAACAGAAAAAAUUGAAAAAAAGAAAUAUCAAGAAUAUGUUCAAAUAACAUGGCAUGUUUAUAUUUUAUCAUUUACAUUUUUAAGUCUAUGGCUGCCAUGGAUUAUUCUAAAAAUAACAUUGUUCUUUAUCUAUACAUAUCCAAUUCAACAAGCACUACAAAUCACCUAUUAUAUUCUAAUAUUUAAAUGUGUGUUAUUUCCAUUGAUAUAUGCUGCUACAAAUCCUUCAUUUCGUGGAACAUUUGCUAUUUACAAACACAGACGUGUACUAAUGAGCAAUUGA